AGCGCGCGGGGCGCAGAGGCGGCAGCCAAGAUGGCGGCGCGGGUGUCGCAGGGCCCGGCAGCCCGCGGGCGCUCUUAGGCCGCGGCCCCCCUCGCCCCCCCGACCCCGGGCGGGCCCCCCGCCGUCCCGGCCCCUCCCGCCCUCCGGCAGUGGCGGCCGGCAGGAUGCUGCCCUCGCAGGAAGCCUCCAAGCUGUACCAUGACAACUACGUGCGGAACUCGCGCGCCAUCGGCGUGCUCUGGGCCAUCUUCACCAUCUGCUUCGCCAUCAUCAACGUGGUGGUCUUCAUCCAGCCCUACUGGGUGGGCGACAGCGUCAACACGCCCAAGCCCGGGUACUUCGGGCUGUUCCACUAUUGCGUGGGCAGCGGGCUGGCGGGCCGGGAGCUGUCGUGCCGUGGCUCCUUCACCGACUUCAGCACCAUCCCCUCGGGCGCCUUCCAGGCGGCCGCGUUCUUCGUGCUGCUCUCCAUGGUGCUGACGCUGGGCUGCAUCACCUGCUUCGCCCUAUUCUUCUUCUGCAACACCGCCACCGUCUACAAGAUCUGCGCCUGGAUGCAGCUGCUGGCAGCGCUCUGCCUGGUGCUGGGCUGUAUGAUCUUUCCUGAUGGCUGGGAUGCAGAGACCAUACGGGACAUGUGUGGGGAGAAGACAGGGAAAUACUCCCUGGGCGACUGCUCCGUGCGCUGGGCUUACAUCCUGGCCAUCAUCGGCAUCCUCAACGCUCUCAUCCUUUCCUUCCUGGCCUUUGUCCUCGGCAACCGGCAGAACGACCUGCUGCACGAGGAGCUCAAGACAGAGAGCAAAGAUUUUGUUGGCACUGCGAGGAUAUAAGGCCGACCGUCCGCAGCAGGACCCUCUUCCCACGGCCGGCAGCCUGGGCGCUCCCUCCCUCUCUUGCCCUUCGUCUGCUGCCAGCGGCCACACAGCGUCCCGCGCCGCCCCCCGGGCCCCGCCGCCCGCGCCAGGGAUGCGCCGCCCGCCCGCCGCAUCCACGGCCACCUCCAUGUCCACGCCGGCACCGCCAUCCCACGCACCCCGCCAGCUCCGCACCCCGCGCUGCCCGCGGGCCGCCGCCGGGGAAGGAUGCCUGAAACGCGCUUCGUUCAAGAACAGCAUCCAACUGCGGUUUUGUUUCAAGGAAAAAACAGUCUCGGAGUUUUUAACAGAUUUCUACAUCCCCAGGACUCCUGACCUGCUGCCUCCCACCCGAACGCGCACCCAGUGACGCCCCGUGCCGGCUGCUCCGGGUCCCGGACCCCUCCCCACUCCCAUUUUGUACAGCUCCGUGAUCCUGUCUCCACGGCCAGGGGACCCGGUGGCCGGGAUAGGGCCCAACCCCUACUUUUACAUGUAAAUUCAUAUUCUCUAAACAGGGUAAAGUGACUCGAGCCCCCUCGCCCCCCGCCCCGGGAGCCCGGCCCCAGGACGCGGUGCUUCCUGGCGUGUGGCCGGGGCCGCCGGGUCCUCGCUGCCUGCCGGCCGUGGGACACCCGACACGCUCCGCCGCUGAAUGUAAGCCCUGGUAAGUGGGAGCAGCUGAACAUGCAAAACCCCCUGGGCGGGCGCAGGAGGACCCCCCGCCUCCCGCCAGACCCCUCCCCGAGCCGGCCGCGGGCUGUUGCCAAACGCCUUCCCUCCCCAUACGGUGCUUUAUCUCCACUGGUGACGGCGUGGCCGGGGGUACCUGAGCCCUCCUGUGCCCACCCGGCCUCCUGGCUGCACCAGCUG